GGACCCUGCGACAACGAGGGUCUGCCCGCGUCUGCACAUUCCCUCUCUACCGACCUCAUUUAAUUCCUCUCGUAGCAUGAGAGAGGAUUGCUGUGAACCACUUUUGCUCAAUUUGAAGGUCUCCCUGCCAGUCGACACCUACUGAUCACUUCGCCCUAACACCACGCGGCCCCUGCGGCUCGCGACCACCAUUUCAUAAUGUCGUCCUCCGACUACAACUACGAUGACCAGGGGCAAUUCUUCCCGUUUUUCAUGCUGACCAUGGCCGGUCUGGUCACCGUGCCGCUCACGUACAACAUCCUCAAACCGUCGACAGAUCUCGAACAGACCGCGGCGCGGAUCCAGUCCGACUUCAAACCGAAGAAUGACGAUCUUAUCGAGUCGCUACGAAGGAGACGGAAGAGGCAGAAUCGCAAAACGAAGCGUAUAAUUGCUGUGGUCUUGGGCUAUGCAUUCAUGGCGUACAUGAUUUAUCUUAUUGCUGUCACUCAGAGAACCGCACCCAAGAUGUGGGAUCCGUACGACAUCUUGGGAGUAUCGAGGAGCGCUACUGAAGCGGAGAUCAACCGGUUCUACAAACGAUUGUCUGUGAAAUACCACCCAGAUAAAGCGCGACCCGAUCCUGCGAAGAACGAGACAGUCGAAUUCAUCAACGACCGAUGGGUCGAAAUGACCAAAGCGUACAAGGCGUUGACGGACGAGGAGAUCCGAAACAAUUAUCUUCUCUAUGGCAACCCGGAUGGGAAACAAGGCACAAGCAUAGGCAUCGCACUUCCCAAGUGGAUGGUGGAGGAAGGAAACCGAUGGUUUGUCGUUGCGUUCUACGGUGUCCUCCUUGGGAUUAUCCUUCCUUACACACUGGGUAAAUGGUGGUAUGGAACACAAGCCCUCACAAAGGACAAAGUCUUGCACGCAAGCGCUGGCAACCUGUUUCGCGAAUGGAAGGAAGACAUUACAGAAGGUGGUGUUAUUACUGCCUUGAGUGUGGGCGAAGAAUUCAAGGAGAUCUUGAAGGGCCCUCGAAGCGACGCCGGGGCAGCCAAGGUCGAAGGCAAAGUUCUCAACAGUUCUGCCUUGACAGAGGCGGACAAGGCGAAACUGAAAGCCAUUGAAGAUCCUGUCCGACGAAAAGCGCUUGCUUUGCUGUGGGCGUACCUCGCUCGAAUCGACCUGGAAGACGCAGAGCUCGAGAAGGAGAAGUACGAAGUGGCACCAACAGCUCUGCUCCUGAACAACUCUUUCACAUCGAUCACUCUGCCCUUUGGUGCAGUCAAUCCUCUCCUAGCAUCCUACCACACCUCCCAGAAUAUUAUACAAGCAGUCGCUCCAGGCUGGUCGCCUCUGCUUCAACUUCCAAACAUCACACCCGAGAUUGCUGCGAAGAUUUCCACGGAUCCAAAAACACCAAUGACCUUGCAAAAGUUCAUGACGCUUGCUCCCAGCGUGAGGCGGACCAUGUGCUCCGAACUAUCCGAAUCCCAACACGCACAAGCCAUGAAAGUUGCCUCUCAAAUCCCACACCUACAAAUCGCCAAGGCGUUUUUCAAAGUUGUCGGCGAACGCGUCGUUACACCAUCGUCACUGGUCCAACUCGUGAUUAAAGCCCGAGUGAUUCCCCCGGGCACAAAGGACGUUCCAGCCGUCAACCCUCUGGAUCUGGAGGACAUUGAUCCCGAUGAAGGUGAUCUCGAUGCCCUGCACGGACGAAAACCAGCCAAAUCCAAGCGACGCAAACUACCUGACGGACGGGUGGUCGAGGACGACUCCAAGGAAGGGUCUGUCCAACCUCCGCUCGCCCACGCGCCGUACUUCGCAGCUGACCACGCACCGCGAUGGCAUGUGUUCUUGUCCGAGGCGCGAACUGGCCGCAUUGCCGUGCCGCCGUUCACAUUCACCGCAUUUGAUCGCCUCAUCUUCAAUGCCGACGGCACUCCCACGUUCAACAUGUUGACGUUUAAGUUUCCCUUCCAGGCACCUGCGCAGGUGCACGCUUUCCCAUUUGUCAUGCAUCUUGUAUGUGACAGUUACAUUGGCCUUGAUUCGAAAGUGGACGUUGUGCUGGAUGUCAAGGAUGUCAGUGAGGCCAAUGUCGUCGAGAGUGAUGACGAGAUCAGUGAGCCUGACGAAGAUACCCUAGCCGGCCAACUCCAAGCCAUGAAGACCGGCGGAUUGACCGGCGGCCCUACAACCACCACAACGAAGAGAAAGAAGAAGAAGACGGCUACCGACGCGCAAGCUGUACCUGUUGCGCGGAGCGGUUCGAAAAAGGUUCAGGAUGUCGACGACAGCGACGAUGACGACGACGACAGCGAUACCGAGGGUUCGGACGAUGACACGUCAGAUACGGACACGGACACGGACACCGAGACCGAGGAUGAGGAUUCAUGAUCAUGUGACUGAGUACCUACUUUGGUCGUGCCAGUGGAGAUGUUUGUCUCAACAUGCCAGUGGUUGUAUCUUCUGCAGUGUAUCUCUAGUUAGAAGGCAUUAUUGUGCAUUGCAUCGGAUGCCAGGUGUUUAAAAAAAAAAAUGGGUCAAAUACCUAACCAAAUUUUUGAAUCAUUUUCCAAAUCUCACAGUAUUCUCGCGCUCCGUCGUCGAGGCCGAACUUUUUUUUUUUUCUUCUUCUCGUUUUUGGGUUUGAAGGUUGACCUUCCAGGUUCACCAGUCGUUCGACUUUGUCGGUUCCCUUACAGCUAUUAUUUUAUCCUUUGCCUUGCCAAAAGGCAUUCCACUACUAGUGGUACAGUACUAUCAUUUAUAUUUUGAUGCCCCAUGGUACUUAGACCGGUACAUAUAAGCAGCCCCUGAGUCUAAACAGUACUGUGUUCUCCGACCCAACCACCAAUUGAUGCAGAAUCGAUGCAAUCAAUUUGGAAUCAAUGCAGUCCAACCGUAGGACACCAGCACCGCUACUACUACUACUAGUACGUGCGGCAGCACUGCCAGUGCAACCUCUUCUUUUGAGAAAAAACCGACUUGUGGUCGCACAAGGCAAUCGUGAGUGUAUCAAUAUAAAUCAAUGAAAUGCAGUCUAUCGACCUUACUACUAGUCCCAGUCCCGAUCCUAGGUAGCACCGUAAGCACCAGGAACCAUUCAACUUGAACUUUGCCAUGCAAGGACUGCCUUUCUCAAUCUCGAAUCCCAUUCACCAUCAGAGGCAAUAAUGCAUACUGAUGUAGUACCACCACUCAAUUUCUCCCCCAUUUCGCAACGCAUUUCCCACCACCAUGCACUCCCUGUCCACUCCCUCAGCAUCGCAUCCUUCAGACGUAUACGCGAGACCGUUCAUGUAGGAUCCAGUAUUCCGGCCUUCGUCUUGAGGACCUCACUUCUUCCCACUCGAACUGCCAGAACUCAUCUCAUUCAUCCGCUCUUUAAUCCGGUCCCUCCCCUCAUGCAUAUACUGCAGGGUUUUCUUAUAUUGACGGUCCUGAGACUGGAUGGACAGUUGGGUGAGUGCGAGGGUGGCGAGGCCCAGGACGCCGCCGACGCCAAUGAGGGUUCGGGUUUGCAUUGUCGACUACUAACUAGUAGGGCACGGUUAGCACUUGGAACACGAUGUCUGUCUCGUUUUAUUCAAUAUACUGCUCAUCACAUA